AUGGCCUGCUGCUCCACCAGUUUCUGUGGAUUUCCCAGCUGCUCUACCAGCGGGACCUGUGGCUCCAGCUGCUGUGAGCCCAGCUGCUGCCAGUCAACCUGCUGCCAGCCAACCUGCCUCCAGACCAGCUGCUGCCAGCCAACCUGCCUCCAGACCAGCUGCUGCCAGACCAGCUCUUGUGGAACCAGCUUGGGCACUGGCUGUGGCCAGGAGAGUGGCUGUGGGGCUGUGAGCAGCCGCACCAGGUGGUGCCGCCCAGACUGCCGCGUGGAGGGCACCUGCGUGCCCCCCUGCUGCGUGGUGAGCUGCACACCCCCUACCUGCUGCCAGCUGCACCAUGCCCAGGCCGCGUGCUGCCGCCCGUCUUACUGUGGACAGUCCUGCUGCCGCCCAGCCUGCUGCUGUGAGCCCACCUUUUAA